AUGGCUACUUUCUCUAAUACACCCACAUCUCAAUUUGACGAAGACAAUUCCAAGGCAAAUGAGAAAAAUAACGAUAACCAUAAAUGGAUUUUUAUUCAAGAGUCAUUCAUUUCUACUUCGCCUGAAGAACCGAUUCAACAUAUAAUUCCUGAACCCAAUCCUUAUAUUAAGGUUCCAUUUCCUCCAGAAAUCAAUCCAUUCGAGCUAAUAAGAACCGAUGAAAAGGGAGAACUACGCUCUCGUUGCACCAACAAAUUUCUCAUUUAUCGUAACGAAUACGCUAAACAACUUGAAACUUACGGUUAUAAAAUUUCGAUGCGAAAAGUUUCUUGUAUGGCUGCAAGGGCAUGGAAAGAAGAGCCGAAUCAUGUUAUCCGUUAUUAUGAAGAUAUUGCGAGAGAGGUCGAAAAACUUCAUGUACAAUUAUCAAUGAAUUCUGUUCCUUCGGAAACAACAUUCAACUCACCAUCCGACUCUGGCUCAGAAUCGCCAACAAUUUCAGUUCAUUCAGAUAAUUUUUUCUCGAGCACAAUAACUGAUUCAUCGGAAAUUUCGCAUCCAAGUCAAUUUGAAGGGAUAAAUCACGAUUCAAUGAGCAUAAAUUCUUUUGAAAACGAAAUUCCUGGCAUCAAUAACUCGAUUCAGCAUAAUGUGCUAACAACUAGCGAUAGUUGCCACUUAUUACAAAACGAAUUUGUUCAGAAUUCAUUCCACUCUAAUUUACCUUUUCCGAUUCAUUGUUUAAAUUUUCCACAAGAAAUAAUGGAAAGAGAAUUUGAACAAUUUGAACAAUUUUCUCACAAUUAUUUCGACGAAUCAAUAAUAUACAAUAAUCGUGAAAUGGUUGGUUUGCAAUGGAAUGUGGAAUUCUUUUGA